UAUUUUCAAAUUGAUUUACCCACAUAACUUUUCAAAAUAUCAAGAGAUCUACGUCUAUAAUCAUACAAUAUUCAAGCAAAGUCGAAGGUCAGGACCGGUCAAAAUGCUUAGAUUGUAUAAAUAAUGUUGUUAGAUUGCUUAUUAACUUAUGUCAUUCUGGAAUAUAAGAUAAGUGUUAAACACAUCUCUACAAGGCAGAUAUGAAUACUGAUUUUUGUUUGCAAAUGCACAUGCAUAGAUCUGCUGUAUUACGAAGAUUCUAUGCAUAGGAACAUAUUUAGAUUGAAAGCAAUGCGGAAGCAAACAUGAAUAUGUUGCCAGUUAGAUGCUUUAGCAAAUAUUCAAUAAAAAAAAUCAUCCCGUUUAUAUAUGUUGCAACGACCUUGGAUGGUACGGAUUUCGAAAAAUUAAAUCAACCUAAUUUUUCAUCGGUCGAUUACUUAUCGCUGCAGUGGGCGAGUGGUUAGCGUGUUUGACUGCAAAGACGAAAUUUUCGAGUUCGAAACCUCAUUUUGUCAACUUAUUUUUUCAACUUAUUUUUUUCUUUCCUGUUUAGUAUUUUUUCAUUAAAUAUAUUUCAAUGGCAUGCCUCAAUUACGAAAUGUUUUAUUUUUCAUUUGCACAGGAGCUAAAUGAUCUUCUGUCAUGCUUUGGAUUGACAGACCAAACUAACAUUGGCCGUUCUGCAGCAACUUAUGAUACUGAUACUGAUAUUGAUGAGGUGCAAGAUGUUAGCAUUGAAUCCCGUCUUCAAAGAUAUUACACAGCUACCCCCCUUGCAGAGGAAUACGGUAAUGAAUCAGAAAAUCAAGUUAAUGAAGACACUAAUGUAAAUAGUGAAGAUCCACAGUGUGAUAUUAACAAUGUGUAAACCAUUUAUGACAGUGGAUGCAAAUGUACAAAAAACUGCUUCAGUAACUUUACUUUUUCCCAGAUUGAAUCGAACAUUCUUAAUGUAAGGGAAAUGACAAAAAGUGAAAAGGAAAUGCUAAUUAUGGGCACUCUCAAGAGGAUAAUCUCUGAUGCUAGAUGUAAGGGAAAUCGUAAACGUUCACGAUAUGAAUAUGUGUUUGAGGGUGUAACAGUGUGCCAUGAAACAUUUCUAGUGGUGUUUGAUAUUAAAGACAGACAACUGAGAAACAUUAAACAUCACAUGGAAGAACAUGGUGCUCAGCCAUGUGUUCACGGCCACAGCGGUAGACGUGCCCCCAACGCAUUUCCUCCUGAAGUAAUUAAGGACGCAGUGCAAUAUAUACUGAGCUACGCAAACGAAGAGGGACUCCCUCAGCCUGCGGCACCAAGAGGGCGAGAGGACGAGGCCCCAAUUUACUUACCAUCCUCGGACACAAAGCAGUCCGUACACAGUGAGUAUGUAAAACGUUGUAUGGAAGCUGAAAAGAGGUAUGUUGGUUUAACAACAUUUAAAGACAUAUGGAAAAAUUGUUUGCCACAUAUAAAAAUAGCCUCUCCAAAGGAAGAUGUGUGCAAAGUAUGCGAGGACUGUAAGCAGGAUAUCAAGCUUGCCAUGAGCGAAAAUGACAAAAUACUUGCAACACAGAAGUACCACAAUCAUGUACUCCAAGCCAGGAAAGAAAGGGAACUAUACGUAGAAUGCGUGGAAAGGUCAACAGCAAUGUUUGUUAACCGGGCACAACAAGACCAGGCUGCGGGAGAUGGAUUUUCGACAGACGACGUACAUUACACGUUCGACUUUAGUCAGUAUGUCAAGUUGCCUCACCAUGCGCAAGAAAAGGGACCCACAUUCUUCAUUCAACCAAGAAGAGUGCAGAUAUUUGGUUUCCGGGCCGAUGGCUAUAAGCAGUACAACUAUCUCAUCGACGAGGACCAAACCAUUGAUGGCCAGAAUGUACACGGACCGGAUUCUGUUAUAUCAAUGAUUGAUCACGCCUUCCACACGUUCGGUACUGGAGAGACGGAAUGUGGUAUUCAUGCUGAUAAUUGUUUCGGUCAGAACAAGAACAGAUACGUGCUGGCGUACUUAUCAUGGCGCACGAUGACUGGGCGGCACAGAACAAUCAGAUAUAUGAUGCAGUUACCAGGACACACAAGGUUGUCAUAAUUAAUUAUUCAGUGCAACAGUUCCAAAUCGUUAAACACUUCUAUUUGUAUUGGGGAUCAUUUGAACUAAAUCCAGUUUUCAGUUAAAGACUAAAAGAUUAAAGAUUUCGA